AAUCUGAAGUAAAUCACUAAUAUUACUAUUAUCAACAACAGUAUGGUUAAUAUGCAUACAAACGUCCAAUGAGCGAGUUAUCAAUUUAACGCUUGUUACCUGCAAUCAUGCUCAUUGUUUUAUUUAUAUUUACCUUUCAGAAUUAAUUACUUGCCGAAUAUUUGCGCGUCGUCUGUGGUGAGUUGUGAAAAUGCAAAUAAAAUGAUUUUUUUUUCUUGAGUUUUCGAUCGUAAUUUGAGUCGGUCGUGGCUAUCAACAGUUUGUUUUUCCACUUUUGUGAAUAAGUGAAUGUGUGCCUCGUGACGAUCAUGGUGUUUGAUGUGCUCGUGCGGCGUUUCAGCUUCGUUAGGACGAGUGAAUUGAUCGCGCUGGUGGCCAUCUCGACGACGCUGUUUCUGUUCUUGCACACGCGCGACUUAAGUACGCGACUGCGCGAGAUGGAAGUCAGACUGCAGCCGGGCGACGAUGGCGUUUCCGCUAAUCAAAUUAUUUCAGGCGAUAGCGCACCGGAAAAUCACAGCAACAACGGCAACAAGGCGUCGAUGAAGUUCAUUCAAAGUGCUGGCGAAGUAAGUAAAAUUUAUUUACUCAUACAAAUGAAAUUAACCGCUAAAAUUUAUCGAAAUUUACAAACAAAACCAUCAAAAACAUUAUUGUACCCAGUUCUAAUAUUUAUUGAGAUUCUCUUAUAGCUUAUCAAUGUAUAACCUUUUGAAUUGCGUGUAGAUGUCGCUAGGAUGCAUUUAUUUGCAUUAAAUUCCGAUCGCAGUUUUCGCAGCGCAAGAUUUAUGUUUUUAUCAGAGAGUUGCUUGUUUGUUGACUUGUUUCAAGGUGUCCCGAGUUACGAAUACAAAUACCCUCAUUGAUUUCAAUUAAAUUUAACUUUUAAUGUUAACAAUAUCUCUUAAUGCGCUUAUUUGUAUUCAAAUGUAGCUAACUAAAGUAUUUAUUGAAUAAUUUAAAACUUUUACAUUCUACAUAAUCUUCAAAUGCCCAAUUUUCUAUUUAGCAAAUACGUAAAACUUUAAAUUAACAAAUUAAACGAAUUAAACACGAUGUUUAAUUGCGAGUUAUUUUUAGUGAACUUGAAAUGGCCCGUUUUAGUUUACUUUUUUCGUCUUUACAUCGCGAUUCAAUUGCCUGAAGCCAAACAAUGAAUGGAGAGUACUCAUACAAGCUUUUACAACUCCAACGUUUACGACCCACACGCGGCCGGUAAUUAACUUCGAUUUAUUACAGCGUGUGUUCCACUCUUGCGAUUCCAGUGAUGGCAAACAACAAUUAUCACACGCUUCCAACACAAAAUAACAAAUAACGCUUCUAAUUCAAUUUGCUAUUUUCGACACGUUUCGAGCCGAAAAAUGCACUUUCUCCAAACACACCACCAAAUCCGAACCAGUAGUGAGUAACUACUAACCAGUGAGCAAAUAUUGACGUGCGUAUUCUGUCGCCAUCAUCAUUGUUCGGCUCGUUUUCACGUUUUCAGCGUUCGAAUUUAUUUCGUUCGCUAUUUUUUUCAAACUAUUUAUUAACCGUUAUGCCUUAAAUUGCACACACACGCUUAUAAUAGAUGAUCGAAUUGUGGCUGGGUAUAGAAAUGAGGUUAUGUUCGCACGUACGAAUUCGGAGCUGGAUAAUCUCGCGAAGAUUGCGCUCGCACGUCUUAUUUUUUUCAUCCGAGUCGUUGUGUUGUUCUUUCUGAUCGAAAUUGAUCCUUCAUUUUCAUCGCGGUCGUCUCUACGCUCGCUUCUUCGUUAAUUUAUCCCAUCUGUAACGGUACAAUGAAGUAACCGUUUUGUUUAUGUUGAACAAAUAAGCGACGUUUUGCAAUAGAGACGUGCGGAUCGCUGGUGGGUAAUAGAUACACGCGGCUUGCUUUUGUUGAACGCACAUUAUGCAAAAUGGAAAUAAUGAUCGGCUCGCGGUGUUUUGCCCGACUUCAUUAUCUUUAUGGUUCUUCGAUGAAUUUUAAUUUCGCGCGUUUCGAUUUACGACUUAUCGACUUAAUACGUUUAUCUUCGUAAUGGGUUAGCUAUAUUUGGUAUGAGUUUGGUAUAUUAAACUGUGGAAUGUCUGAAAGUACAUAAAUUAUAAUGUGUAGAUGAAGCAGAAAAUUAAAAAGUAUUUUGAUGAUAAUCGUUUUUUUUUUAAUGCUCAUAAAAGUGAAUAGGUAUUUGUGCUAAUUAUUUUGUUUAGCAUUGAUUUUUAAAUUAGAAUUUAAAAACCACUUGGUAUAAAAAUGUUUCUAUGGGUCAGUGAGGCUCAUCCGUGUCAGUAUGAGUUAAAUAUGUGAAUUUUGAGUUCAUUACUAGUAUUUCGAGGUUAAUUCAGUAUUAUUCGGUAUUU